AUGGUCGUUGAGGUGGCCAAAGCCGUGAGCACCGCCGAGCUCGUUGUGCUGACCGUCGCAGUGGAAAUGGUUGACGUAAAUGUGUAUGUUACCACAAUCGGCGACUCGGCGACGCCGCCACCGGAACCACUCGAGCUAGAGCUAGGACCGCUGGGUGUGAUUGUUGCGCUCGUCACAACGGUGCUGGUGACGACCGUACUAGUUGUGUGCUUGCUAACUGAAAAGGACGUAAUCGAUACUAGGCCCGUGGAGUUCAACGGUGCAGUUCCGGGGAAACCAGACGAUGGGGUAUGGUGUAGGCUACCGAUGGACGUCGAAUUGGUGAAAGCCGGGGACGAAGUUGCCCCAGUUGGAUGA